AUGAGUACUUUGACUCGUAACUAUAUUCUUGCAAAGACUAAGAAGUCUGACCUAAAGGACGUCAAACACCUUAACAUAUGGGGUAGCGAGCUUCGUGACGUGUCUGUACUCAGGGAACUCAUCAAUGUUGAGGUUCUCAGCCUAUCUGUUAAUUCCAUCAAUUCCCUCUCCGAUUUUGCACAGUGUCACGCACUGACAGAGAUAUAUCUUCGCAAAAACGCCAUUACAGAUCUCCGCGAGGUCGUUUACUUGCGCGGCCUGCGCAAUUUGAGCGUGCUCUGGCUGUGUGAGAAUCCCAUCGCCGACCAUCCCCAGUAUCGAAGUUAUGUAAUCAAGGCCCUUCCACAACUGAAGCGCUUGGAUGACGUCGAUAUCACACAGGCCGAGAUUCAAGAGGCCGCACGCACAAGGUUCACAGUUCCCAUUGAGCUUCCCUCAAGUGCUGCGAACGUGACAAGCGCAAGUGCGAAUGCUGCUCCCUCACUGCCGCCGCCGAGACGAUAUAGCCAGCCGCCACAAGAUAAUCAGCCACAGCCUGCAGCUGCAGCUUAUCAGGACCGCAGUCCAAAUAGUCAAAGACGCCAGGGCUGGGGAGAACCGGCACAUCCAACGGCCCAGGACAGGGAUUCGCGCUCACAUCAGCUCAACAAGCAGAGCUCUGGUCCCAGUCUCAGCCGAGGGAGCCAACACGUCAUGACAGCCAUCAUUUCUCUUCUUAAUGAGCUGGAUUCGACUCAGCUGGAAAGCGUAAAGUCGACUAUAUCUGCCAUGCUGAGUAAACGGUGA